AUGAAGCAAAGAGGCAGCCGCGAGCACCCUCAUGGACCGAACGCGGACCUCGUGGACGAGUGCCGAGUGCCCGCUCCGCACGCCCUUUGCGCCUGCAGCUGCGCCCGCCCUGCGCCCGACGCCGAGGACACCCUGCAGGACGUCCUGCGCGACACCCAGAGAAGGCCCCGGAGGGCGUGGCGCGGCGCGGCCAGGCUGCGAACCGGGUUGCUGGCGCUGCUGUACGUUGCCCUGCUGGGCGGCUGGUGGACGCAGCUCGUCCUGGCCGCCGCGCUGCCUCCGCGGCCACCGUCGCCGUCCUCGCCGGCCGACACCACCUCCCCACGGCGGUUCCCUUGGACUUACGACAGCCCGGCGCAGACCGCCGUCGUGGCACCCCCGGUCUCCCGCGGCCAGCAGAAGAGGCCCGGGCCCCCAGUGGACAGAGCAAGGCCCCGGCCACCGCCACCCGCCCCCGCCGCCGCCGCGUCCGCCGCGGUCCCCCCGAAGGGCUUUUCGCAGGGCUCACUGACCGGGGGCGGCGGCACUGGCGGCAGGCCGCGUGCCCGCGGGGCGGCGGGGCGGGGGCGGUGGCGGUGGCGGGGCGGCGCGUGGUGUGCGAGUGAAGACGCGGGCCUGCGGACGUACGCCGCCACCACGGUGUUCGAGGGCAAGGCGCGGUCGCGGUCGCCGCCCGGCCCCGGGGGCGCGUACUUCGUCACGUUCGUGGUGCAGCACGUCUACAAGGACGCCCCGCGGGGGGCGGUGGGGGCGGUGGCCGCGCCGCCCCUUCGAAUGCGGUCCCAAGUGCGGCUGCAGUUCGUGGAGCCGCCCCCCGCCCCCGCGGCCCCCGCGCGCCCGGAGAGGCCCCGCGCCGCGGCGAGGCAUGUGGCGCAGUGCGAGGACUUGACGCGCCUGGCGGCCCCCGCCGCCCCCGCGGCCCCCGCCCCCGUCCGCGCCAGCAUCAAGCCUGGCGGCAAGUUCGUCGUGUUCGUGGACCGCGUCGGCCCGCACAACUUUACAGUGCGGGGCACGCCGCUGCCGCGCAGCAGGGCCACGGUGCACGCCAUCCGCACGGUGCUCUGCAAGAACUGUGUGAAGCCGCCCGAGGUGUGGGGGCUGCGCGACGUGACGGCGCGGACGCGGCGGAGGCUGCGACUCGUCUGCCGGACGACGGGCACCCCGCCGCCCGCCGUGCAGUGGUUCAAGGACGGCGUCAGGGUGGCGGCGUCGGGCCGCGUGCGCCUGCUGCACAGCAAGAAGAAGUCCGCGCUGGUGAUCGCGAAGGUGCGUCCCUCGGACGGCGGCCGCUACGAGUGCAAGGCGACGUCCGUGAUGGGACGCUCCGACAGCGCGUCCGCGGCCGUCACCGUGCAGGCCGACACGCGGCAAGACAACGCCACCACACUGUGGCCGCUGGUCGGUGGACGCUGCCCCUUCGACGCCUACUGUCUCAACGGAGGCACCUGCACCUACUAUGACACGGUCGCAGAACUAGUCUGCCAGUGCGCGGAGGGCUACAAAGGGCUGCGCUGUGAGAACAAGGACGUGAUAAACCGCGGCAGCCUGUACCGGCACCAGUCAUACUUCUGUAAACUAGGCAUUUCGAAUUCCUACUACUGUUAGAGCCAUGUUGCUGUCUGCGCCUCGCCCACAGUGUGGGCCCCACACCAAAGAUUAGGUUUAUGCUGGCCAGGCCCGCUUUGCCGCAACACUGCUGGCUACCCUGCUUAAAUACUUAUUUAUUUAAUUCGUAAUAUGUUCCAUUUUGUUUUAUAUGUUGUACAAAAUUAGGCCUUUCCAACUUUUAUAAAUAUUGUUAUUAUCAUUUGUAUUAUAAUAUUAAUGAUAAUUAUUAUUUUUAUUUGUGAUCUCUUUCGGAUAGUGAUGAUUUCUUGAACGACGCCUAGUUCGUUGUGGGUUCUAUGUUCAUCGCUCAGUCAUCUAUAGAGUUUUCAACUGUUUCAACCUUCAGUAAAUUUAAUGUGAUAAUAAUGCCCCAGCCCAGUCAGCGUUCCUAUGUACAAGUGUGUAAUCUUAAUGAAACACUGAAUAUAUUUUGUUAAAAUGUUUAGACAUAAGUAGUCAAAGUUUAGAAUGAUUCCAUGUUUAUGUAAAUCCCUUGUUAAAAGGUCGACGUGGCCGUUGAAACUUCAAAUUUCAAUCCAGUAUUUUCUGCUUCUGUAGUAAGUGGGUUCAUUUCCCAGAGUUGGUUCAAUGCACUGUGUAUUACUUUCCGUAGCGGAAUCAGGCGCCAUUUGAUUCUAAGCAAAAUCGUCGAAAUUUCGUACUCUGACUGAGGUGGGUUUUCUUUGCCAAACGAAACGCCAUGGAACUCACGAUGAAAGAAAACAGACAGCACUAAGAGCGCCAAACAGCAUGGUUAUUAUUGUUACACUGAGAGAAAAUAAGACUUACUAUGUGGAACGGAAACUUGUGGUGACUGUGAGCGCCACGUGCGCCGCCUCGGUGCCUCGGUGCGACGGCGCCCGGGCGGCGGCGGCACGGUGGCAUGUCGGUAUG